UAGAUGAAAGGAAUAGAGAAAGAAAAAUAAAGUAAUCGAAAAUAAAGAAAAAAGAAAUAUAAAGGAGGAAAUAGAAGAGUGAAGUAGAAAGUAGAGAGUGUAUUUGAAGUGAAGCAGAAAAUGGCUGCCAUCUCCUGUCACUGUUAUCGGAGCGUUGGCUCAGACAAACCCUACCUCUCCGCUCACGCUCUCCGCCGUCGCGCUCCUUUCCCCGCCGUCUCCGUUUCCUUUCCACGCAGAGUGUCGUGCGUCGCCUCCUCCGCCGUCACUCCGAAAGUUGGGGUGAAAGAUUUUGUGCACUUAGAUGAUUUUGAUAAGGACAGUCUUUUGAAGAUGUUGGAUCGGGCCAUUGAGGUGAAGGCGUUGCUAAAGUCAGGGGACAGGACAUUUCGGCCUUUUGAAGGGAAGACCAUGGCGAUGAUAUUCACAAAGCCCUCCAUGAGAACGAGGGUUUCGUUUGAGACUGGCUUUACAUUGCUAGGUGGCCAUGCUACAUAUUUAGGACCUGAUGACAUCCAAAUGGGCAAGCGAGAGGAGACUCGCGAUAUUGCUCGUGUUUUGUCUCGUUAUAAUGACAUCAUUAUGGCUCGCGUUUUUGCUCAUCAGGACAUACUUGAUCUUGCAAAGUAUUCAACUGUUCCAGUCAUCAAUGGGUUGACAGAUUACAACCAUCCCUGCCAGAUAAUGGCAGAUGCCCUCACUAUGAUUGAGCACAUUGGUCGGUUUGAAGGUACCAAGGUUGUCUACGUUGGAGAUGGAAAUAAUAUUGUUCACUCUUGGUUGUUGAUGGCAUCUGUAAUUCCGUUUCACUUCGUUUGUGCAUGUCCAAAAGGAUUUGAACCUGAUGCAAAAACAGUUGAGAAGGCAAGGCAAGCUGGAAUCAGCAAGAUUGAGAUAUCUAAUGAUCCCAAGGAAGCUGUUAAAGGAGCUGAUGUUGUGUAUUCAGACGUCUGGGCGAGCAUGGGGCAAAAGGAAGAAGCUGAAUACCGUCGCCAAGUGUUUCAAGGAUUUCAGGUAAACCAAAAUCUGAUGGAUAUGGCUGGUUCAAAGGCAUUUUUCAUGCAUUGCUUACCAGCGGAAAGAGGGGUGGAGGUGACUGACGAAGUCAUUGAAGCUCCAAAUUCAAUAGUCUUUCCGCAAGCUGAGAAUCGAAUGCAUGCACAGAAUGCCAUAAUGCUUCAUGUACUUGGCAAGUAGAUCAUCUCAUUCUGAGGUUGAGCAUAACUAGCUAGCUACACUCGCGCAUUAGUUGGUUUUAGGCCUUCAGCUAGCAAUAUCUUUUGGGCUUUCAGUUUAGUCUAUUAAAUUGGAAUUUUGAGUUGAGUUGAGAUGGUAAUACUAGCAGUUCAAAACAGCUAAAUCGUAUAAAAUUGGCGUAUCGACUUUUCUUUUUCUCAUGCUC